AUGCGCAACGUCGACUCUCUAGCUCCCUUUCUUGGCAUUCAAACCAUUCAAACAACUUACGGAGUCCUUCAUCAAAAACAAUAUGCCAAACGAAUUCUGGAAUGCGCUGGCAUGCAAAAUUCAAAAUUCGUCUUUACCCCCAUCUCCUGCAAAACUGAUAAUUCAACCAGGUGCAGCACAGAUUUCUCCAACCCUCAACUAUAUCGUCACCUGAUCGGAUCACUUCAAUACCUUACUUUAACAUACCAUGUCAUUCAAUUCAUGGUGCAUCAACUAAGCCAAGACAUGCACGCUCCACUCAAUAGCAACUUCGACGCACUCAAAAGACUUCUUCGCUACAUUCAAGGUACAACUAAUAAUGGUAUUCCUUUGCACCGAGAUCAUUUAAACCUGCAAGGCUUUGUCGACGCCAAUUGGGCCAACAAUGCCCAAGACCAAAAAUCCAUUUCUAGAUACUACAACUUUUUAGGUAAAUCAUUAAUUUUCCGGCAAGUCAAAAAGCAGUCCACUGUGGCCCGAUCAUCCACAAAAUCCGAAUACAGAGCUCUGGCAACAGAAGCCUCUGAGGUCUUUUGGCUCUGCCGUCUUCUCGAGGACUUUCACAUUCCUCAACUAACUCAUACAAUUAUUUACUGCGAUAAUACAUUUGCCAUCGCCCUUGCCAAUAAUCCGGGCAUCUCCAAUCGAACACUAUUCGAACAUCGCAGUUUGCCCGAGCGUCCAAUCGAGGAGUUCUUGAAGAUAUAUGAAUUUUUUGCUCAUAAAGUCAUACGCGUACAACUCUACAUCAAAUCAAUGAGAAAUUAUUCUUUGCGGACAUCGAAUCGUUUGGAGGCGAAUCAGAAUAGGUCACGCCACCCGGUACACAGCUGCGAUAUACAGCAUAAGGGUGGCAUUGAGCAUUUUGAUUCGCCUCCGGACAACGGCAUCUGUAUCCGCAGGGAAUAA